GGUGAAAUGGCAGUCACUCCUGCAUGUUUUGCACACUUUGUUAAUUUCUUGACACCAUUGGCCUCUGGGAAGCUGGUCCUAGCAUUAGAGGGAGGAUACAAUCUCAAGUCUUUGUCUGAGUCAGUUGCCCUUAGCUUAAGGGCUCUGUUAGGAGACCCAACUCCAAAGAUUGCACCAAUUUCUGCCCCAAAUCAAAGUGUUGUGGGAUCAGUGUUGAACUGCAUCAAAGUACUUCGCCCUUUCUGGCGCAGUCUAAGGUACCAGGAUUUUUUAGAAGGCAGGGAUGUUUGUGCUGAUAGCUACCCAUUUUCUGAAGUCUUGAAUUUUCCACCUGUGCAAGAUGUCAAGUUCUCAACACCAGAGUCCAGACCUGAAGUAUUUCCUCUCAUUCAAGAAUGUGCUGCUGAAACAGCCAUCAGUCGACUUGAAAGCUACAAUAGCUUAUUAGAUGACCUCAUUAAAAACACUUCACUGCUUUGUGCAGAGCACAGAGUGAGCAUUGCCAGUGAUAACAAAGAGUCAGCUUUACAUAGUUAUUUAACAAAGUCAACUGUCUGGUCUCGCUGCAUAUCUUUAGAGGAGCACUUACCAGGUUCUGCUGAUGUUUCUGACUGUGUGAAAGCUUGCAUAGACUCAAUAUUGUCUUACAAGGCCCAAAGCAGUGUGUGUCUAGUUCAGUCUCAUCAUGGGCACAAGAAUGGACCUACAAAUGGAGAAGCCCCUCACCAGGACACAAGUAUUGAUCUUGCUGUACGAUAUGCUGCCAGUAAUGAUCAAACAAAGAGAAUUCUGGUUGUUCAGCUUGGUGCAUCCCCUUGUAAUCAGCAGAUGUGUUGUACGGAGAACUCCAGCGUCCUUUAUGUGACUUUAGAAUCAGAAGGAAACAAAACCACAGACUCAGCCCACUGUUCAAGGGACACAACUUGCAGGGAAAAUCGCAAUGCUGACCCGACAUCUCAACAUGUACAUAUUAAUAUUAAAGAGAAUGCCAUAACCAACGGAGACCUGAUGUCAGUCUUGUUUCAAGUCAUCCUACCUGUAUCAUACGAGUUUUGUCCAGAUUUUGUCAUUUUCACAUGGAAAACUCCCUCUCCAGCAAAUGAG